AGUGUUGCUCCGUGGCCAGCGAGGCGCACCCGUGGUUGGCUGCUCCACUCGCCCGCCCGCUGCCCACAUGGCCCUGAGAAGCGUCUCUGCGCGGCUGCUGAGCCGCGGCCCCCGCCUGCGCGGCCUGCGUGCGUGGGGCUCGGCGGCGGCCCAGACCGAGAAGAGUGGGAAGACACAGAGCCGGGCGGCCAAGGCCUCUCGGCCCGAGUUUGACUGGAGAGACCCGCUGCAGCUGGAGGAGCAGCUGACAGCAGAUGAGAUCCUCAUCAGGGACACCUUCCGCACCUACUGCCAGGAGCGCCUCAUGCCCCGCAUUCUGCUGGCCAACCGCAAUGAAGUGUUUCAUCGCGAGAUCAUCUCGGAGAUGGGGGAGCUUGGCGUGCUGGGCCCCACCAUCAAAGGGUAUGGCUGCGCCGGGGUCUCAUCUGUGGCCUAUGGGCUCCUGGCCCGGGAGCUGGAGCGAGUGGAUAGCGGCUAUAGGUCAGCAAUGAGUGUUCAGUCAUCCCUGGUCAUGCAUCCCAUCUACGCCUACGGCAGCGAGGAACAGCGGAAGAAGUACCUGCCCCGGCUGGCCAAGGGGGAGCUCCUGGGCUGCUUCGGGCUCACUGAGCCCAACCAUGGGAGCGACCCAGGCAGCAUGGAGACCCGAGCCAAGCACAACCCCUCCAGCAAGACCUACACCCUCAAUGGGGCCAAGACCUGGAUCACCAACUCGCCUGUGGCUGAUCUGUUCGUUGUGUGGGCUCGGUGUGAGGACAGCUGCAUUCGGGGUUUCCUGCUGGAGAGGGGGAUGCGGGGCCUUUCAGCCCCCAAGAUCGAGGGCAAGUUCUCCCUGCGGGCCUCGGCUACUGGCAUGAUUGUCAUGGACGGGGUGGAGGUGCCCGAAGAGAAUGUGCUCCCCAACGCCUCGGGUCUGGGGGGUCCCUUUGGCUGCCUGAACAAUGCACGGUAUGGCAUCUCCUGGGGCGCCCUCGGAGCUGCCGAGUUCUGCUUGCACACGGCCCGGCAGUACACCCUGGACAGGAUCCAGUUUGGCGUCCCACUGGCCCGGAACCAGCUGAUUCAGAAGAAGCUGGCUGACAUGCUCACCGAGAUCACGCUGGGCCUUCACGCCUGCCUGCAGCUUGGCCGCCUAAAGGAUCAGGACAAGGCCACCCCUGAGAUGGUCUCCAUGCUGAAAAGGAAUAACUGCGGGAAGGCGCUGGACAUAGCCCGCCAGGCCCGCGACAUGCUGGGGGGCAAUGGCAUCUCGGACGAGUACCACGUGAUCCGCCACGCCAUGAACCUGGAGGCAGUGAACACCUAUGAAGGGACACACGACAUCCACGCUCUGAUCCUCGGAAGGGCCAUCACCGGGAUCCAGGCGUUCACGGCUGGCAAAUGAGUGUGGCCACCACCCAGAGCCCUAGCCCGGGAGCCCCAGCCUCUGCGCCCUGGCUGGGAGGUGUGGGAGAAGCACUGGAGAACGAGUCCAGCUUCCCCCUUUGAAGGCUCCCGAAAGCACUGGUGCUCUGACAGAAAAGGGGCGUCCUUCUCUGGGAUCAGGAGAGGCAAGGAGCGAGCCUUCUGAGACCCCAUGCUAUGGGCAGUCCUGCCAUGGGUGCGUACCUCAGGCCAGACGGUGGAGGAAAUAAUAAAGUCAGCGUCUGACCUCGACCCGGAGGUGGGCCACAUUUACUCAACUGUCCAGGAACCUGUGGGUACUGCUAUGGUCAAGGGGGCCCAGGGGACUGGUCCUUUCUUGGGCUUCUCUGGCAAAUACCACAGGUCACAGUGGGGGUGGCAGGCACCCUGGGGUGUGGUGUGGGUCAGCACUGCUGCUAAUGUCCUGGUUUCUUCCUUUUGUUUGCUCUUGGGUCACACCUGGCAGUGCUCAGAGCUUACUCCUGGUUCUGUGCUCAGGGACCCCUCUGGAUGGGGCUUGGGGGACCAUAUGGGCUGCUGGGUGUUGAACCUAGAUUGGCAGUGUGCAAGGCCAGCGCCCUGCCUGCUUUAUGUAACUCUGGGCCCCCUCCUGAUUCCCGGUGUAAGUGUCAGCCUGACCAGGAUGCCCCAUCCCCUGCACAGCUGUCAUACCUCAGGCUGGACACACAGGUCUUUGUACACAUUCUCCAUGGUGUGGCACACUUGUUUGAGCUCCAUUUCCAAAUUGCUGAUCUUUGCCAUUUUCUGCGUGAACUCUUGGAGUUUCUCCUGAAUGAUCUUGUUGUGGUGAUUAUAAACCUGGUACAGUUUCUCCUCUA